CUACUUUCCAUCCUUCAGACGGUGGUUGAUUAUCCGAUGGCAGAUCGGACUGUUCCUUGAAGGACUGUCAAGGACGUUGUAAAAGGUUUACUAAAGUGUUUUUGCCCAUGAAAAACUCGUUUCUAGAGUAUUUAAGUUUAGAUAUCUCGUUCGAAAAGCGUUUUAUGUCGAUAAGGAUGCAUUCUUUUUUUUGUCGAGCAAGGGCCAUUCGACUAUAAACAUUUGUCAUUGUCGUGUAUCCAUAUUAUAUUGACCUUUGCAACCAAAAUUAGUCAGGAAAAUGGCGGAAGCAGUUCGUCCGGCGAAGAAAAGACAAAAACCAGGCAAAACGAGCACAGAGCCGCGGCGAAACUCAAGAAAUGCAGUUGAAAAAAAACAAACAGAAGCCCACAUUAAACCAACCCGAACAUCAUCAUCAAAAGUCGAUGAUAAACAAGAUGUCACAAAAAUCGAUGAUGAUUGUGAUUCAGACGAAAGAAAACUUGAUGCUGGUUCAGUUCAUGUUAAAAAUGUCGAUGGACAAGCAAGUACAGAUGAUAUGGUAGGUUUUAAAGAAAAAUAUAGUCCCACUGACAUUUCUUCUUGCUCAAAUGAACAAGAGCAGCAGUUUGAUGAUGAAAGCGAAACUGCAAAAGAUGUUUGUGUGUUUGGAAAGUCAAGUGAAACUAAACAUGAUGAAGUAUUGCCUGAACUUGAGGGAUAUCCAGAAGUAAAAUUUAAUAAUUUGAGGACUCAUAUUGAGGUUGAGGAAGGAGUAGAUAAAAACCAAGAUAUUAUAGUGGAGGAUUCUGAAAAAAUCCAGCAUGAGAGCGACAAAAAUAAGGACAUUGUUGUAGAACAUGAACAACAUGAAGAAUCAAACACGGAUAAUGAUGAACAGGGCAAGUACGCAAUGAUACAUGAUGGGACGAAUGUUGACAUUUUGGUAAAGAAUAAUGGCAACAACAGUUCUGUUUGUAUUGGAACUCCCGCCAAUGUUCUUGAAAAAAAUGGUUUGAGUGAAGUCCCUAUAAAAAAACAAGAAGAUGAUGCUCGCAGAGAACUUUCUCCAGAGUCUCAAGUGAGUUACAGUUGUCAAGAAGAUGUUGAAAACCUUCAAGAUUAUUCUUCAUCAAAGACUAUGUCUAAAACUUCAACUGUAACAACAAUACAGGAACAUUCAAAGGACUCUAGUACUGAAAAUAAAACAAGCUUUAUAACAGGAGAAAAUCAUGUAGUUAUGGCUGACCGUGUCAUUGAAAGAACUUCAAACAAGCAGAUUCCCAACAUUUUUGGUAAAGAACUAGUUUCAUCAACUGUUCGUGAAAAUGUGACGGCUUUCUCUGAAGACGAUCUUACAGCGUUUUAUUUUAAUCCAUACCUUGCAAAUGUCGAAGAUUCAAUGGAAGAUUUCGUCAAAGAAACGCUCGAACCAAGACGAGAAAAUGAAUUCUUCGAGUUGCUAAAUACAUAUGAAAAUUCAUCGCGCAAUUUACGUAAAGUUUUAUCUGAAAUCGAUCUGCUACAAGAGAAAUGUGAAAAUCAAACGACGACGCUUUGGUCGACCGAAAGCAAGACAGUAACAGCUCAGGCAAUGUGUCAGGAUCUCAAUAAAGUUUCAUACAAGCACUCUUACAGUUUUGCUGUGUUUAAUGAAGAUGAAGCAAAAAAAUUAGACAGAACCUUAGAAUCCUUGAAGAGCAACGUCCACGAGACAUUCACACUGACAAAAUAUUCCUGGGAAUUAGCUCGUAUUCACGUCAUGUCAUACGUCCACGAUCUUCAUGCCCAGUCCCCUGUUUUCUGUGGCGUACAUACACACUCUCCUGUCGUUAGUGUGGAUGCAUCCCAAAUUUCUAACGGUGUAUUCUCGGAAGUUCGGCAUCUACGAGAUUGUAUCACGGCGCUAUUUCAUUUCACGAGAAAGCCUACAGAUGACGAUAUCUUCCUUGAUGACAUCAAACUUUGGCUCGAAAAUCUAAUCGCUCUUCUUCUGAGAGUCGCGAGCUUUUCUGAUCACGUGUUCGUUCUUAACCACCUACUGCGCAUGCCUUCUGGGCAUGCGAAGAAACUAGCUCACUUCAUCCAGCCCGUGUUGUUAUCACGUGCUGGCAUCAGUGAUUUUGGAGUGAAUUUCUGGCAGCAUCCUUUACUUCACCAUUUUGUGACAAUGUUGGCUUAUUUGCUUCUUCCAAUCAAACUACGUGAAAAAUAUCUCAUUGAAAUGAAGUCCGUUCUUAGUUCAGAAAAUCCAGUGUUAAAUUCUUGGGUAAUGUUAGACGAAGAUGGCGAGGAGGAUUUGGAUGAAAAUUGGAUGUUGAUACAAGAGAGUGAUAUUAUUGCGUUAUUUGCACAAUUUUCGAUUGAUUCGUUAUAUGAAAUAAUCUUUGCAAAAGAUAGUGUUUUAGUUGUAGGCAAUGAGCAAGUUAACCUCGAGAUUCGUGCGUCUGGUCAAGACACAGCCAGUAAUUUGAUACAUUUGUUUGCUUUCUCGACGUGUCUUGUGAAGAUUUUAGGAAAGGCUUUUGAGUUAUACAGUAUAAAAAAAUACAGAGAGUUUUCCAAGAGACUGGGGAGAAUGAUAAGUAAAAUCGUGAUUUUUGUAUCGCGAUAUUGGUUGGCGUAUAAGACGGCAUAUGUUGAAAAAUAUGGCGAGAAUGAGAUGACUUUUCAUUUUGCGUUUGGUACCGAUUAUUCUCUGGAGAAACUACAGUUGGAGUACGAUCAUUUUUUUAUACGUUCAUCUCAGCAGAUUCUCAUCGCUCAAAAACUUGGUGUUUGGCAGUUUCUUAUCGACAUGCCUUUCUACUGCCUUUCCUCAAGCAUGACUUGGGCUUCAUAUCGUUUUCUACACGAUCGCACAAGUGAUAAAGGUUCUCUUCAUUCAAUAGAUGAACACAUUUCCUCAAGCAAUGAUCUACCAGACACUUCAAGUCUUGUGGAAAGUUUUAAGUCGAUGAACGAAACAGAGAUCAUCUUUCUGCUUACAACUUUUUCCAAUAUGGCUUGCGCCCGUUCUCUUGCAGAUAUGGAUUUUAUUCGUGCUGUGUCGCAGGAGAUUUACGAGAUCACAUUUCUGAGCGACGAAGCUGUUCAUUUUCUUCGAAAAACCGGUAAAGAUCUUCUCGGCUCUAUUUGUCAAAGACAUUCUUUCAUUAUAUCAAUGCUCGUUGAAAGAGUUGAAAGUACUUUGGAUUCUGUUAGAGAGGAUUGUGUUGGCUUAUUUCAAGCGUUACCAGUUGAGAUGUGGAGACCGAAGGUUUCUGAUAUUCAAACGAUUCGUAACUGGCUUCUUCGGUCGGCAGUGGAAUCUCCUGAACAUCAACUCUCUCGUUAUUUACUCACAAAUAUCAAUUGGCAGUGCAAGGAAUUUGAUGGCGAUGUUUUGUUUUUACCGUUAUGUUUACAUCGAGCUGUUGCCAUCAUUGUUGUUGAGAUAUGCGCCUUGCGUUUGCCAAAUAGACCUGGUGGUAUUGCUAUGGAUGUUUUUAAAGAGGAGAAAAGUCUUUUUGGACAGGCAUCACAACUCGUCAUCCAACCUUACAAAAGUUUAAUGCAGCAUUUUACAGAUCAAGAGUUGCACAAAUGGUUAUGGGAGUUGGUUAUGUUUCUUCAUCUUCACGCGCAUGACCGUUCGCGUUCGGUGAUGCAGUUUACUGCUACGUCAUCUCUAUCGAAUGAAACGGUAACAUCAAGCUAUGAACAGCAUGAGUUUUUUAAAAGUUUGUCAAAGGACGAACCUCCAGAUUUGGAUAAUGACGAAUCUUUGGUGAACAUUUUGACUUCGGCAAAGAAAGAUGGACCUCUCGCUUGUUAUGUUGCUUUACAAAUGUCAAAUUAUGGUCAUGAUCCGGAGAAAAUGAAAGACACAGGUCUCGACUUUUUAUUGUUGGUUCUUGAUGACGGUCACGUGUUUCCUGCGUGCAGAAUCAUUGAAAACACUAUCCCAGUAUUCUUUGCUCCAGAACUCGUGUCAAUCUCGGAAAGCACCAGAUUUACGAAAAUCAUUGAUAUUAUAAUACAUUCUGAAGCUCAAUGGAGGGAGGAAAAAGUCGUCGAUAUUUUAUCUGGAAUUAUUCAGAAACAUAUCAAGAAGUCGACUUUUCCUCCUGAUGAAAACCGUUCGCUUAUUGCAGCAGAGUUUUGGUUGAGAGGACUGGGAUCUAUACCGAAAUGGAAUACAGACACAAAUGUGUUGAAACCACUGAACGAUUUAUUACGAGUUGUGUUCAGAAAUUGGAAUACGAACGUUUUUGUCGUGAAAUAUUUUAUGAGCAAACACGAGAAAAUGUUGAAGAAUCUCAAGGACCAAAGUUUUCUUUCCUCUCUGUUGUCAUUUGUUGUUUCAAAUCCAUCAUCCGCAACUCUUCUUGAUAUUCAGACAUAUUUCCAAUACACGUACCUUUGUUACUAUGUCAUAUGUGCUGAGUCAUUAUAUCAAGAACAAUGUGGUCUAAAAUCUAGUCUUUCUAAGAAACUUUACGAUAAACCCGACAUGUGCAUGGAGACGGCGUUGAAGAAAGUUCUGGCAUCUUCGAAGGAUAUUGUUGCGAUUCCCUCUUGUAAUUUGGAUAUAUAUAGAUGGGCUGAUCUUGCUUUCUUUACUGAUCACAAGCAACCAAUUCUCGUCAUUAUUUGGCAAAAGUUUUUCGAAAAUUUCUUACAUCGCUCGCGUGAUGAUUCAGGUAUCUCUGAAGCCGGCAGUCUUGGUUUACGUUUCUUUGAGAGCACAGCUAACAUUACGUAUUUAAAGAAACUCAAAGCUCGCCUCAUUGGCACAUCUGAAUAUUACAAAGAAAAUGUGAAUUCAGAGAACGGAACAGAAGUACUUUAUAAAAAACUUGGGAGACUUUUCCAAACAUUAUCAUUAUGGUUAGACGAGCCUCGUCUUCACGAUCCAACUUUAUUCAUACAAGGUCUUCCUUCGAUCUAUGACAGUGAACGUUUGGCUAGGAUCCUAGAGCAUGAUGAGAGUUUGUGGUUUGACUGUAUUGAUUAUGGGGCCGUUGACUAUCAGAUUAACUCUACGCUUCGAUUUUGGUCAAAGUUUUAUAAGGAAAGGCAAAGAAAUAUAUGUGCGAAACAAAAAAGAACUUUGAUUAAAAAACCUGAACGUGUUGCUUCUCACGACGCCAUAAAGGAUGUUAAAGAACCUCCAGUAUUUAAAGUAUUACCGACUCCUCAAAAAGAAUGCGAUGUCACAAUGCUUAUGGAUAAAUACAAAACAUUGGAGUUGUUACAGAAGAAUGUUGAUGUUCUUAUCGACAAUUCACGAAAGUUCAUGUUUAAACUUUCCACACACUCAUCUCUUGAUCACGAGUACCUUGAAUGUCUAAGGCAUAUGCACGAAAACGUAGAGACGCAGCUUCGUGUAAAUAUUCCAUGUAAUAAGCAAGGAGCGUCUAAGAAAGGUUGCAAAGGAGCGGCCAAUAUUGUCGUCACGUUCAAAGAAAAGAAAACGAAUGAAGUAUUAGUCGAGCGCGUGAAACGAAAUCGAUACGAGCUUCAAAGUUUAACUCAAAGGAUAGUUCAUGAAAUGCCCAAUGAUAUUUGCUUGAGUGCUUUGAGCGUCGAGAAGACACUGACAUUGCUUCUGAGGCAGUGGAAGAGUUGUCAGAAUCCAGGAAUUUCUCAAAAGUUUGAAGAAAUUGGCUGCAGUACUUUUUAUAUGUUUAUUGAUGCAAUGUCGGAUACGGUGAGAGAGUUUCCUUCCACAAUGCAAUUCUUUUCAACAUGCGUGGAUCUGCUCGGAAAGACUUUCAUUAUGGACAAUCCAACACAAACGGAGGUUCUUUUACGGGCUAUUUUGGCCCAUCCCAAAAUCGUUGGUAUUUUAUUGCCAAUAUUUCAACCCAGCACUGCCUUGGAAGAUUUUACUGAAAUGUACGAAAACAUUAUUCAUACAAAUCUCCAUGUUGAAGUGAAAUUUUCUUUACUCUCCAAGUUCAACUUCCGUACAUGGCUGAACUCCAAACCAACUUUAUCGAAGAGGAUGUCAAUGAUGAAAGUUCUAUUUACUGCGCUGUGUGAUUGUGGCUUUGAGCCUCCUGUCCAAAUUACCAUGUUGUCAGAGAACUACCUAAGGAAAUCGAGCGUUCUUCUCAAAUACCAAUUUCCCGACUUAUUUGGUGAAACAUUAAGUUUGCUCAUUCACGGAUCUGCCAAUCACUGUCUUUGCGUGAAGUCUUGGAACGAAUUUCUUAUUACGACAAGGAUUUUGGUUGAAGACUUGAGCAAACGAGAACUUAAAUUAAAUACAUACCCCCCGUUUCUUAUAAGAAAUGAACAGGUUAUCGAGACUAUAUCAUGGUUGACAAAAUAUUUUAACGAUCAACGGCAAUCUUGUCCCGUUGGAUCUAACGAAGGACUGUUUACCUUUUGGAAGCCGUAUCUUGGAUCGUUGAGCGCGCUUUAUGAAUAUACGUCACGUCAGAGUAUUGCUGCAUACGAAAUGCAGCUUUCCGAGCAAAAUAUUGAAGUGAUAAAAUUUUUAUGGAACAGCAUCUCUGAUUUCUUCUUUCCAUGGAUUUCUCCCUUCUAUAUCAACAAACAGGCCAAUAAGCUCUCGCUUCCGUGGAGCGAGAUGGAAGAACCUGAAGCUUUGCAGUUUGUCGAUCUCUAUGUCCAAGUUCUUGUAUAUUUUGGGGAUUUUCUUCCUGUUCUAUCCAAUGGCAGACCAAAUAUCCUUUCCUUGGUUUGGGAACUCUACACAUCACUUUCAUCCAUGCCUUCGCUUCCUUCUCAUUUCUAUCGUGUGUAUCACGCAAAGUUUUCGCACUUGCAAUGGGCUUUGUUCCAUCCAAACGUCACUCACAUGGAAUCAAUGUCACAGAUCUGUUCAUCAAACUUGAAAAGUCAAAGCUUUAUGUUGGACAUUGUUUGUAAGAUCCCGUGGGAAGAUAUUUUGGAGCAUUAUCGGUCAAUGGAAAGAGCGUCCUCUUUCAGGUUGUUUGAAAACCAUCUUUUCAACAUUUUGAUUGUACUGAACAACGAUAAAACGUUUAUAAAUACCAAGGAAAACGGAAUCGCCAAUCUCAUAGAGAAGGCCACGAAAUAUGAUUGGAAUGCGCUGGAUGGAAUAACUUUUCGCAGCGUCUUAGAUUGGUUUGUAGCCAACUGUGAUUCUCGUCAAAUUCUCGAUUUCUCUUCAACGAUGUGGAACACAGUUCGAUUGCUGGAAAACGUUUGUUUGCUCUCUUCCUGCUCUGUUACUACUCAACAAACUUACGCUGAUAUUCCUGAGAAGCGCCUACACUAUUUCAACUCCAUUGUCAAGAUAUUAUCCAAAUGUUCUAGCAUUCCAGACUUUUCCCCAACCUUAUAUUGUCCAAUAGUUGAACAUCUAAUGGACUCUGUUCUAGUUGCCUGCCCUUCAGAUCCAGUGAGCAACAUUCAAGCAAUUGUAUGUCAAUACAUGGAGAUUUUAAAUUUUUUAAACAUCUUGCCAGCCAAAGCUAAACUCACUGAUAUGGUGUUGGAAGCGAUACAAGAGAAAAUCCGUGAUCUUAAACGAACAGAUUUAAUCAUGGCUGUGAUUAUAGCCUCUUGUCAUUCACUUACAACUGUUAGCUUGAUGGUCCAACUCGUUGAGGUUGCUAUAGAAACGCAUUUUAGUAAUAACAUUACGUAUACCGAGUCACGUGAAAGUUUGAUCGAACCCUGGAGUGAUGUGCUAAGAUCAGUUGUUGUUCCUCAGCUAUCUCAACGUGUUUUUGUACAAGAAUGCAUAAACAACUUAACUGUUCUUACUCUGUAUACGUACACUGUACAAAGUUUAUCUCUGUGUCAAAGUUCUGUGGAGGAAUUUGAAAUGUUAAAGGAUUUAGUUAAAUGGACAGCAAGUAUUAAGCCAAGUAACGCGGACAUGGAAAGUAAAAUUGUUUUACUGUGGCAUAAAAUUUUGGAGCUUCUUGUUCGUUUGAUGAGCAGCGAAAAUAAACAGCGAGAUCUUACCCAACAAGUCGACUUUCUUGUGCCAUACAUACUUCAUGUGGGGGAAGACAGGGUUACGACUGGAUUAUUAGGGGUAAUUGGUUUAGGUAGAAAAUCUCCACUAAGUCCAAGUUUUCGUUUUCUAUCUCGGGCUUUAGCUACUUUUCUCUCAGCUCAAGUAACAUCAUUUGGUAAGCUAAGAAUAAAGGCGAGUUCUGUUGAAAAUGUUUCUCUUAAAAACCAGCCUGGCAUAUUAUCGGAGAUGGUCGCCACACAAAGAACUCUAACUGCGUUCCGUAAUUUGGAGUCGCUGCGCUCGAAUAAAACUUAUGUAAGUUGUGUUGAACAUGUUGAGUUUGCUUGUAAGUUCAUAGUGAAUCCAGAAAAUUGCCUUUUGGACGGACCUCGUUUUCUCAAGCAACUUACAAAAGAAUUGUUUAAAGACAAGGCCUAUCUUGGGUUUGCUGUGGAAUGAUACAGCGGGGGAUCUUCGUGGAUACACGUGAAGACUAACGAAGGUUGGAAGUCAUUAUGAUAUUACGUUUGUUCUUAUACUCUAAUAAAAAUAAGGUUCUGCUUGGGGUUUUUCGCUGGCCACGUCUUACAUAUUGUGCUAAACAUUAUUGACCGGCCAAAAAAUUUGACGAACCGAAAAGUUUGAUGAACUGAAAUUUUUGGCGAGCCGAAACAUUGUCUAACAGCAAGAAUGACCCACUACAUUCAUACGUAAAUGAGCGCCAUGCGGGCAUGGUACUCUCAUCAUAUAUAACAAAUAUAUAAUAUAUAUUUUAAUGACGUAUAAAAAAUUUCAAAACUUGACUUCAGGAUAUUACUGGAGUGAUAAUUGAUCCAAUCCAUUUAAUAUUUGAACAAAGAUAA